CUCAGGCUUGCUGUCAUCCGGGAUCAAGUGGUUUUUGCUGUUCGACAGGAGUACGUGCUUCUUGGAGAUCAGCUUCUGGUCCUGCAGCCCGGAGACGAGGUUGCCAUUAUCCCACCAAUUAGUGGAGGCUGAAUCUGCCUAAGUUCUGUUAGAGUUUCCUACCAGAAAGGAACCUGUAUGCAUUAAAAGCCAGGUCACUGCUUGAUACUUGCAGUUAAUGCUCUCUCAGCAAGUCUGUUGAGAAGUGAAUUUGCCAUGGAAACUGGUCUUCUGGGCUUUUCUAGUGAGCUAUGGAUGAAAGCGAAGAUGUGCCAAAAGAUUUUAUCAAGCUCAAGUCUGAAAAGCUGUCUGUAGAUGAAGUGUCAGAGCUGGUCAUUUCACCAUACUGUGGGGCAUUGUCUCUGUUCAUUGGUACUACAAGAAAUAAUUUUGAAGGGAAAAAAGUGAUUCACUUAGAGUAUGAAGCAUAUACUUCAAUGGCAGAGACCGAAAUAAAGAAAAUCUGCAGAGAUGUUAGACAGAAAUGGCCAUCAGUCAAACAUAUUGCAGUGCACCACAGACUUGGUGUGGUUCCAAUAACUGAAGCAAGUGUAAUUAUUGCAGUCUCCUCUCCACACAGAGCAGAAUCCCUUGAAGCUGUAACGUACUGCAUCAAUACCUUAAAAGCAUCCGUCCCAAUAUGGAAAAAGGAGAUUUAUGAGGAUGAGUAUUCUUGGAAAGAAAACAAGGAAUGCUUUUGGGCAAAUUCUGAAAAAUAACUGUACUUUUUUAAAAAUAAAGUGUUACUGUUCCUCUGUUCCUAAUGAGCAUAUUGGCUUAGAUUUGAGUUGUUUUUACAGAGAAUCUAUAUGUUUUUAAGCAGUUGUAAUAGGCAUUUCAAUCUGAAUAAUUUAAUUAUGACUGAAUUAAAUUAAUGAGUAUUAAUUAGGGUUUUAAAGUGUUCUUGACUCUGCUUUGAAAUCAUCUCUUUGUACAUUUUAACGUGGAGUCAGUUUUUAAAACAGUCUUCCCUAAAAUUCUUGCUUGCGAGGUGUUUAGUCCUCUGUGAUAUAUACUGCUUUAGUGCCUUUACAGUGGUAGUCUGUGUUCUCUGGCUGCGUGGGAGGUCACAACAGGACAAUUGGAUUUUUUUUAAAUCUUCAAAAAAGUCCUGAGUAGUUUAAUUUUAUAUGACU